CGGACCUUCCCGACUAACGCUCUGUGGCUGUUUCGCCACUUUGAGCCACAACUCCAACCCUAAAUUUUGUUCAAUAACACCGCUUUACUUCUUUGUGUCACGGAUGGACCUUUACUCCAGCGCAGUGCCCCUCUUUUCCCCCUCAGCCGUAAAACACUGCAGCAUCGCGCCUACUUAAGAGCUUGACAACCUGCUUAGCCACUCCCCACCAGCCCUAAAGAAACAUUCAACACUUGAAAACGAGAAUGACGUCGGGAUUUCAUGUCGGGACGUUCUUUCUUUUUGUAUCAUUUGUUCUCCUCGUUUUCGUCUCCGUAUCUGCGCCCGUUUGGCACACUCUCGGGUUUAUGAAGGUCUCGGGUUUGGCGGGCCACUCAAGUGGUGCAAGGCUUGUGCUAGGAGUGUACGGGUAUUGCAUCACUGCAGCCGGGAGUGAUUCAUGCUCGAAGGUUUCCGUUGGGUAUCCUAUAGGUGAUGUGCUGAAUAGCAUUGGUGGCACUACUGCCCAUAGGCUACACAACCUCACGGGUGCAUUAAUCCUUCACCCAAUUGCAGCUGGGAUCACUUUCAUAGCGUUGCUCACCGCUCUCGGUGCACACACGGUCGGGUUUCUCUGUGCGAGUUUCAUUGCGUUGAUUGCUUGGAUUGCAACGGUCCUGGCUCUCAUUCUGGACUUCGUCAUGUUUGGGAUUGUAAAACGCCAUGUGAACGACGUGGGUUUGUCAUCAUUGAAAGCUUCGUGGUCGACUGGUAUCUGGCUUGUUGUCGCUGCAGUCGUGACAUUGUUCAUCGGAACAAUCACCGCCUGCUGUGGUUGCUUAACAGAUCGCCGCAAGAACCGUCGCAGCUAUUAAUCAAAUCCCGCCGAUCAAGGGACCCGCGGAGUUGCGGUUGCUUCGGGUUCUGUAUGCUAUGAUUUUAUACCCUCUCCCAUCACUUCUCUGGCUCUCACCCGUAUUUAUCCCUGCUUGAAUUUUGUAAUAGCGGAACAACAGAAACGGACUGUUUGACGGAUUCAGUGUCCUAUCCCCUUCUUCGUUCUCGGACUCACCAUAUUAUAUUUCGUUUCCCAUGUUAGGGAAUUAACAACGUUUCAAUUGGG